UGAGAUACAUUAGGAAUAGCAAAGGGAAAAUGGCCAUGCAUAUGCAAGCACCCACAAUCAGUCUUAACACUGCAAGGUCCCCAUCUUCAUUAGCUCCAGCUGCCAAUGCUGGCCUGCGACCACACCUCAACCCUUUGGCUUUAAAGUCAUCUUUCUUCUCUGGUUCCCUUAACCUCUUACUUCAUCCAAUGCAACAGUAUCUUACUUCUGGAGCUCCCAGGAUUUCCAUGCGUGUGGCCUCCAAGCAAGCCUAUAUCUGUCGUGAUUGCGGGUAUAUUUACAACGACAGGACCCCCUUUGAGAAAUUGCCUGAUAAAUUCUUCUGUCCUGUUUGUGGUGCUCCAAAACGAAGGUUUAGGCCCUACGCUCCAACUGUUGCAAGAAAUGCAAAUGAUAAAGAUGUUAGAAAGGCACGAAAAUCCGAAAUCAAGAAAGAAGAAGCAAUUGGGAACGCACUUCCUAUUGCAGCUGCCGUGGGAAUUGCAGUGCUUGCGGGAAUAUACUUCUAUCUGAACAACAAAUUUUAGGCUGGUUGUUUGGUUCCAUUACCCUUUACGUCAGAAGAAAUGAACCUCUAAUUUAUUCCUAUUCAUUUGUUUAUUUAGGUCAACUUUCGCAUGGUUCUAUUCUAUCUUAUUCCUUCUGUUAAAUUACCAACAUAUUUGAAUAGUAUCACCUAAGAAGCGGGCAGCUCUUUGACUA